AUGGAUGAGGUCGUAGAACGCCAUCAUGGCAGACGUCCGGAGCUACGUGGUCUGAGCGGCGGUGGAGGAGCCGACCUCAUCAGCGCCCUCCCGACGGACCUGCUUCUCCAGGUUCUCGUCCGCCUCCGCUGCGCCCGUGCCGCCGCGCGCACCGGCGUCCUCUCCCGCCGUUGGCGCGGCCUCUGGAGCCGCCUCCCGGACCUCACCUUUCGCGACGUCGCCCCCGGCCCGCUCCUAGCGGUGCUCUCGUCGCUCGGACCCGGUGGCGCGUCCCUCUCCCUGCUCGACAUCCGCGUCCCCUUACAGCACAGGGCCACCGUCCGCGCGGACCAGACAUCCUCGCUGCUCCGGGCCGCCGCGAGGCUGUCUCCGGCAGCGCUCCGCUUCGCCACCUCGCAGUGCCUAGAGGAGCCGUUCGUGGACGUGGACCUGUCACACUACUUCCAGCGCGCUGCCUCGAUCGAGCUGCGCGGGCAGCACCUCCGCUUCGCCGACCCACGGUGGGAGCUCCCCGCGCUCGAGAGUCUGUCCCUCGCCGGCUGCCUCAUCGAUCUCGCCGUCUUGAUCCCGCUCUGCCCACGCCUGCGCGUGCUGAGGGCGGCCGGCGUUUUUGUCGGCAACGACGCCAUCACUGUCCUCUCAUCGUCGCUGCAGGAGCUCGUAGUGGAGUCCAAUAGCACAGUGACACACCAUAUCCACGUGGAGGCCCCCCUGCUCAAGCAACUGAUGAUGUCCUUCCACAUCUCCGGCGAGCUCAACGUUUCAAUCUCGGCACCAAUGUUGGAGAAGGUCACGUGGCGGUGCUUGUAUUCCAAAGUGACUGCUGGGCUUGGUCUUUGGGGCCUCUCGGGAGUGAGACUAUUGAUGGAGGAGAGCAAUGUGCAGUGGGUUCUCCCUCGUGUCCAUGUCCUUUGCCUGCUCAUUCUUGCCAAAGUAUGUUUCUCCCCUCCUUGUCAGUCUUACUGGAUUUGCGACUAA